AUGGGUGUGCAGGGCCUCUGGUCGCUGCUGCAGCCAUGUGCGCGCCCCAUCAAGGUCGAGUCGCUGGAGGGCAAGCGCCUGGCCAUCGACUCGUCGAUCUGGCUCUACCACUUCCGCAUGGCCAUGCGCGACAAGGAGGGACGCACGCUGCACAACGCCCACAUCCUCGGCUUCCUCUGGCGCAUCCUCAAGCUGCUCUACUACGGCAUCCGCCCUGUGUUCGUCUUUGAUGGCGGCGCACCGGUGAUGAAGCGCCAGACGCUCGUCAAGCGCAGAGAGCGCCGCGAGGGCGCACGCGACUCGCACAAGGUCACGGCGCAGCGGCUCCUCAACGCCCGCGUGCGCCAGGCUGCCAUUGAGCACGCGAUGGGCGGCAGUGGGCGCGGCAAGGGCAAGGGCAAGUCCGCGUCCGCCACCGACGCUGCAGACGACGCCGCGGCGCUGGGCAACGCCGUGUACUUCGACGACCUCGAGAACGAGGCGGGGCCAAGCUCCGCGCGGCCAAGUGGCAGCCUCUCUGCGUCGCCCGAGAAGGGCAGCCGCAAGAAGGACUGGCACAAGGACCCGUACGCGCUGCCCGCGCUGGAGCAGGAUCUCUCCUCGGUGACGGCCUCGACCUCAGCGGCUGCGCGCAAGUCGAGCCGCGGCCAGCGCACCGACUUUCGCUUCGCCAGCGAGGCCGAGAUCCGCAACGUGCUGCGCCACUCUGACAUCGACGUCGACUCGCCGGAGUUCCGCAUGCUGCCGUCCGAGAUGCAGUACGAGCUGGUCGGCGAGAUGCGUGCGGCGAGCCGCGGCACUUCCUUCGCGCGCCUGCAAGCCAUGCUGGCGGCAUCGCCCACGGCCAUCGACUUCUCCAAGGCGCAGGUCAUGGCGCUCAAGACGCGCAACGAGCUGACGCAGAAGUCCUUCGAGGUCAGCGACGCCAUCGGCGACGCCAACAUCAAGGUACCAAUCCGCGUGGCUGGCGCACGCAACCGCGAAUACGUGCUCGUUCGCAACCCGGGCACAGAGGGCGGCUUCACCCUCGGCGUGCGCGACAGCGGCGCGAGCGCAACGCAGGCGAUCGACGUCGACGCAGAGGAGCCUGUGUACAGCGACGUCGAGAGCGACACGCACGGUGGCGAGCUCUCGGACGAGGCAGACAUGGAAGAGGUCGAGGUGGGACCUGCGCCGCGCGCUGCAUCGCCUCGCACGGCAGCUGCGAUCGCAGACUUUGCACGCAGCAACGAUCCGGAGGCGCGUCGCCUCGCUGCUGCUCGCAUCGUGCGGGCAAGGGCACAGCAGCAUGCGCGCGAGCGCAGGCGCGAGCUGGGCAUUCGCGACGAUGGCGAGGAGCUCGAGGAGCAGCUGCGGAUCGCGCGCGCAGGCCAGCGAGCGCGCGAUCUCUUCCGCCAGCGGGGCAAGGAUGCGGCGCCCUGGAGCAUCCCGGAAGGCGACGACGCAGCCGAGUGGGAGGACGCGGCGCUGUUGCUCGACGAUGAAGACGACGACGAGAUGCUCGAUGCACUUCCAGUUCGCGCUUCUGUAUCGGAAGAUGAGGAGGAGGACCUCUCGCGCGCGCUCGAGCUCUCUCGCGCCGACAUGCCGGAUGCAGCUGCGCCACGUGCGGCUGUAUCGCCUCCAUCCGGCGACGAGUCAGCGCCGAUCGCUUUGGACAACGACGAGCCGAUCGAUGACGAGGACAUGGAGAUGGACGACGUCGAGCCAGCCGACUUCGGCGCUGAUCUGUACGCCCAGCUGCAUGCGAGCAUGCCUGUGCCCCCGCCCGACGCGGACGAGGCAGACGACGAUAUGGGCGAUGAGGAAGGUGAAGAUGACACUGAGCCGGUCUGGAUGCGUCUUGCGCCUGGCGCGCCUGUCCCGGCGUCCGAUCGCUCCACAAGCAAGGAGCCAGUCGCUGCGCCACCGCUGCCUGCGCCACAAGCACGCAGACCCCGGGGACGCUUCGAGGGCCUGGUGCACUCGAGCGGCCCGCGCUCGCCCGCCAUGGACGCGGGAACGCGCAGCUCAGGGCCUCGCGCCACUGUCGGUGGACCUGCAAUCGCCUUCCGCCUGCAAGACCGCACCGGCGAGCCCGAGCGUCUCGAUCCACGCCUGUUCCAGCGCCGCCCACCGUCGCCGAAGCCACCUGCGCAGCAGAUGGCUCCGCCGCCGAGACCCUCGCGUACGCCGACUAUCGUCGAUGUCACCAGCGAUGAUGAGAGCAGCACUGUGGAGAUGCCUUCCGCGCACACGCAGUCGACAUCAGUGCAGCCCUCGGCGGCCUCUUCGGACCGCAUGAAGGAGCUCGCAUCGAUGCUGCGCCGAGGCUCCAAGCGCGUCGACAAAGACGCACGACCAUCUGCCGCCACCUCCGGCUCGCCAGCAGAGCGCGGCUACUCUGCACAGGAAUCGUCACCUCAGCUCGACGUGCCGGAAGCGAGCUCCGUCACUUCGACUCCGCGGCUCGAGACUUCGGAUGACGUCGAUCGACCUCAGCUGCAGCGCAAGAACUCGUUGCUUCCGCCGAAGGCCCCGCCUAGCGAUGCGCGAGCGAUGGACGCUGCGCCUGUCGUCGAGACGCCGCUGCACGAGCCUGCGGCAGCCAGCAUGCCGGAAAUCGGAGACUCGCCUUCGCCGGUGGUAGAAAGCGAGAUGUCACACCUCGAGGCUACAGAGCAGCAAGCUGCGCUGGCCGCUGGCAUCGGCUACGACGAUGAGCUCGGCGAUGCGAUUGCCUCGCGUGCCGGCGGCCCACGCUCGCCAGAUGCACCAGUACAGCCGCCGGAGGCGACCUCUUCCAGACCUGCAAAGCGAGCAGGUCUGCAACUCGACGAGCAGUUUGCCAUGGACGGGAGCGAAGGUGCCGACGCUGCUGCCGCUGUCGAUCCCGUCGCUGCUUCAAGCGAGAACGGCUCUGCGACGAUCGAGACGCCGCCGCGCAGCGCGGAGAAUGCGCGCGAGUCGGACGGUGCACGUUCUGCCGACUCGCUGUCUGCUGCGCCGGAGUCGCCGUCAUCUUCCAAGCGCCGCGCCAGCGACGACGAGGAGCCCGAGCAAGGCUUGCGCCAAGCGGCCGAGCCGGUGCUGACCGCCAACGAUCUGCUCGGAUCUGAGGCUGACAAGCUCGGCCAUGAGGUCACACUCGACAACAUUUCGUCGGCGGUAGACGAGCUGCCAAAUGAAGCUCCACGCUCGCCCGCCGCCGACCUCUUCCGUCGCAAAGACGACGAGGAAAGCGAGGGCGAGGAGAUCGAGUGGUCGCCUUCGCCGUCUCCAGCACCGCAAGCGCUCGGAGCGGACGGCUUUCCUCUGCCGACGCUCGAAGAGCUCGAGGCGCUGGAGGUGCAAGACGAGGAAGAGAUGGGCCAAGUGGCCGGGGGCGACGUGGCGUCCUUCCUGAGCCGUGCGAAGGGCCAAGGACUGUACGAGGCGCAGCAGGAGGCUCAAGCCGAGGUCGACAAGCUUCGCGCCGAGGCUGCCAACUCGAAGCGCAGCGAGGAGGACAUCACCGUCACCAUGGCGCGCGAGAUCCAGCACAUGCUGCGCUGCUUCGGCAUCCCCUACCUCACGGCGCCCAUGGAGGCCGAGGCGCAGUGCGCCGAGCUAGUCAGCCGCAACCUCGUCGACGGCAUCAUCACCGACGACUCGGACGUGUUCCUCUUCGGCGGCACGCGCGUGUACAAGAACAUGUUCGCCGACAAGAAGGUCGUCGAAUGCUUCCUGCUCACGGACCUCGAGCGCGAGCUGGGCAUCGACCGCGAGAAGCUCGUGCAGCUCGCGUACCUGCUCGGCAGCGACUACACGGAGGGGCUUGUCGGCGUCGGGCCCGUGCUCGCCAUGGAGAUUCUGUCGCUUUUCAGCAGCCGCGACGGCCUGCUGCGCUUCCGCGACUGGUGGAGCAAGGUGCAGGCAGGCAAGGACACGCCGAAGGACACGCGUGGCAAGACGAUGCGGCGCAUCAAGAAGACGCUGGCGGAGAAGGUGUUCCUCGACGCCAGCUGGCCUGAUGCGCGUGUCGUGGAUGCGUAUUACGAGCCGCAGGUCGACUCGAGCGACGAGCCGUUCCAGUGGGGCUUGCCAGACCUCGACGCCAUCCGCACGCUGCUCAACGAGUACCUCAGCUGGACGCAGGAGAAGACGGACCAGUACCUGCUGCCCGUCAUCGAGCAGCAGACGCGCCGCUCACGCGCGCGGGGCAACCAGAGCUCGCUAGACCGCAGCGGCUUCUUCGACCUGACGGCCGGCACGGGAGCCUUCUCGGCGCGCGAGAAGCCGCAGUUUGGCUCGAAGCGCCUGCAGAACGUCGUGCAGGCGUUCAGGGAGACGGAGAAGAGUCGCCGCACGGCCCGCGCAGCUGCCGCCACGUCGUCUGUCUCUUCGUCGAAGAAGCGGCAGGGUCCGCAGACUCCGCAGGAGGAGGUGCAAGAAGAUGUGCCGGAGGAGCUCGUCGGCAAGGAAAUGGGCAAGCGGCGGCCGAUCGUCAGCCGCGAGGAGCAGCGCCACGAGCGCGCUCGCCAGACGCUGGACACGGAGCGCGAUGGCAGCGAGUCCGACAAUGCGCUCGACCGCGCUGUCGAGGCGCUGGACGGCUCAGUCGGCGCCAAGGCAGCACCGAAGAGGCGCAAGACGGCAGCACGCCGCAAGGUCAUCGACACCGAAGCGGCUUCAGACGCCAACGAGGAGGCCGAGAGGCCGGGUGCUCGCAAGGGUGCGAGCAAGCAGAAGGGCAAGGCGAAGCGCAAGACUGCGCGGCAGAAGAGCGGAGAGAACGACGCUCCCGGCGAGCCCGACGCGGGCAACAGCUCAAGCAGCUCGGAGGAGGAGUGGAGGCCGUCUGCGCGCGGCAGCGCACCCAACACGCCCUCGAAGCGCAAGCGUGCACCAGCGGCCAAGCGCGGCGGCCCGCCGGGCUCUACCAGCGCAGGUCCAGCACGCGGUGCAGCAGGUGGACGCGGGCGAGGCCGAGGGCGCGGCCGCGGCAACGCAGGCCCCGGUGCGACGACGAUCGCCGAGGCGCGCACCAUGAGUCUCGACGAUGUCGCGCGUCUGCCGCCGAGUCGCAGCGCCAGCUCCACGCCUGGCCCGUCCAACACCCGCCCCUCGCUGCCUCCUGUCGCGCCCGCGCCGGCAAGCGGGCCGCGCCGCGAGCACAUUGAGAUCUCCGAGGAUGAGAGCUCGGACUGAGAACACCCAGCAUUCCCGUCACCCUAGCAUGUAACAUAGCGCCGCCCGCACAUCGCAACGAACGUCUGUCUGAG